AUGGCGCCUCAUCCCUCGGGUGUGCCAGCUGUCGAAGUGACCCACGAGACGGAGCAGCCCUUCCCGGUCGCCUCGAACAAGGAAGUGACCUGCAUCGUGUCUGCUCCGCCCAGCCCCACUCGCGUGCCAGCGGACUGCGUUGAGGCGGUAGGGAGCGGCUGCCGAGGGGCCCCCAGGAAGCUCCGGGUGCGGCGUGGGGGACGCAGCCGUCCCAAGAGUGAGUUGGCUCUGAGCAAGCAGAGACGGAGCCGACGCAAGAAGGCCAACGACCGCGAGCGCAAUCGGAUGCACAACCUUAACUCCGCGCUCGACGCGCUGCGCGGCGUCCUGCCCACCUUCCCGGACGAUGCGAAGCUCACCAAGAUCGAGACGCUGCGUUUCGCCCACAAUUACAUCUGGGCGCUGACGCAGACGCUGCGCAUAGCGGACCACAGCCUCUACGGGCUGGAACAGCCCUGCGAGGAGCUGGGCAGCCCGGAUCGCGGCUCCCUGGGAGACUGGGGCUCCCUCUACUCCCCGGUCUCCCAGGCGGGCAGCCUGAGCCCGGCAGCCUCGCUGGAGGAGCGUCCCGGGCUGCAGGCGCCUGCCUCCCCUGCCUGCUUGCAUUCGGGCGCCCUGACUUUUUCAGACUUUCUAUGA